AUGGAGGGUGUUCAAACUGUGGAUGUGAGCUGGCUUCAUCAUUCUCAGAAAGAUCAUCUCUCGCGCACGAAAUCUGUCACUUCAACGGGAAGCAGCAGGCCUGAAGGUACUGGUACUGGCAGUGGCACCAGCACCAGCACGAAAGACUCAGCGCCCAAUCCCUCCAAAGCGCACCGUCGAACUCGAUCAAAUAGCAGCCCAGCCCGUCCGCCAUCCUCAAACAGCUCAGCUCCAAAGCGCGAACCACAACCCGACUCAAUCCCAGAAGAAACAAAAGCCACACCAACACCAACACCAACACCGGAAUCUCCCGCGGACCAAAACUCCUCCUCUACAUCCACGACACCAGCCCCGACAGCUGCCAAAACAGUACCAAAACCAGCCACCGGCCGUCGAAACUCAUGGAUAUCCAGCCUAAGCUCCAAGUUCUCUUCCGGCUCCACCCCGCCAUCGCAAUCUAGUCUGAAAGGAAGCCCCGCAAGCCCCAAGGCAACUGGACCGCUAGAUCUGAACCCGUUCGGCGCCGCAUACUCCCCAAAAGACAAGGAAGAGGAAAAGAAAGACGAUUCAAAUUCGAAUCCUUUUACUUCUUCGUCGCCGAAGGGUCCCUCGUUUAUUCAUAAUGCUCUUCGAAAGUUCUCAUCAAAUUCGGGUGGAUUGCCUAGACUUCCGCCUAAUGCUGCGAAUUGUCCUCGUCGGGUGAUGAACCUGGAUCAGGACCGGGAGCGGUGUAAGAUUGCGGAUUUGAAUCAGGCGAAAUUGCAUAGGGUGGCGUUUUGUGUUGAUGUGGAGAUUGCUGGGUUGUCGCAUCGGGAUUCUGAUGAGGAUGCUCCGCCUACGAAUCAGAUGAGGCAGCAUUUGCCUGAGUCUAAUCGGCAGAAGUCAAAGAAGGCGGAUGAAAAGGCUGAAACGAAGACUGAAGCGAAGGCGGAAGCGAAGACGGAUGCCAAUACGGAGGCGAAGACAGAUGUUAAGGUGGAGGCCAAGGAAAAGGAUAAAGAAGAGGCCAAGGCAUUGAUAAAUAACCAAGCUGCAGUGGCUGAGAAGGAAGCACCAGCAUCAGUGCCAGCACCCGCACCAGCAUCGACACCGGCGGCAGCAUCAGCGCUUGUUCCUUCAACGACCACCCAGCCAAGCAGUCCUCCGAGUGCCCAGCAAACGGAGACCUCAACUGAGGGGACCUCCGCGGCCCCCCCCAAACCUGCAGACCCUGAAUCGAAUGGCGAAAAGAAGGAUCCAACCCGCAAACAAGAAAAGAAAAAGCGAUCGGAAGAAGAGCGCAAAGAGCGUAAAGAACGUAAGCGUAGACAAGCCGUGGCAAACGGCUCGAUACCUCUACAACUCGACGCAGAAAACGAUGAGGAUGAAGCUCGGCCACCGGUGGCUGGUGCUCCACGAUCCAAAACCCAGAAUCAUCCUACGACAGACCCGGUGCGGAUUUACCGUCGCUGUUGUCAGCUCAGAGAGACUCCGGUCCUCAAGCGAGUGGUUGAUGAGAUCUCUUCACCAUCGUCCACUCUAGCAGAGUCACCUGGUACUGUUGCAGCGCUCGAUCUCAGUAACUUUCCUAUGACGCCCCAGGAUAUUGCGACGCUUAGCGAUUGGCUCGCAGUUGUACCCGUUCGAAAGCUCCUAUUGGAAAACUGUGCAUUGACCGAUGCUUCUGUUCGAGCUAUACUUUCUGCGCUAUUAUCUACAAAGACCGUGGAACAAAUGCGAUACCGUCGAAAGCGCAAUCGCAAAUUCGAGUCACCAAGUCUCAAGUUUGAGCGAUGGGGUGUUGUGGAAAAGCUUUCACUCAAAGACAAUCCAAAAAUUGGCCGUGACGGAUGGCGCCAUAUUGGUCUCUUCGUUCAUCUUUCUAAAUCAUUAAAAGCUAUUGAUCUUUCUGGCAUUCCCUUUCCGAAACCCCGCGUUGGAAGUGAUGGGUCUCAGAGCUCGUCAUCUUGCACUGAUGUCUGUGAUACCUUUGCAUGUGCCCUCGCUGAAAGGUUCAGUGGGGACCACCUUGAGGAACUCUUGAUGAGCGAAUGCAAGCCUUCCAGCGAGCAAGUGAAACGGAUUUGCGAGGCUUCAACUAAGAUGGGACUGCGAAGACUAGGAUUUGCCAACAACGAUGUGACAAGAGAAAGCCUCGGGCAUAUCAUUGAGUAUGUUAGAGCUGGACAAUGCGAAGGACUUGACCUCGGAGGCAACCCAAUCAAGAACGAUCUGGACCUCAUUGCAGAUGCUAUAGAGCCUGACCAAGCAUUCUACGCGCUCAGUUUGGCUGAUUGCUCCUUGGACCCUACGGUGAUCUCUCCAUUCUUGCAAGCUCUCACCCAGGUCCACAACCUUCGCUUCAUCGAUUUCUCUCACAACCCUGGCCUCUUUACAGCCCAACCAAACGCUCUUGGAGCAUUCCGUCGUUUCCUCCCUAAGAUGCCAUCACUCAAACGCAUUCAUCUUGCUGAUGUCAAUUUAUCACCUGAUCAUAUUAUUGGCCUGGCAGAGGUUCUACCUGAAUGCCCAAGCCUUUGCCAUUUGAACAUAUUAGAAAACCCCCAGAUUGCGUCUCUGGCAUCUGCUACCGACCCUGCUGUUCAGGAAGAGGCAUGUGCGGUAUACGCAUCUAUGAUGGCUGCUGUCCGCGUCUCGGGUACAAUCAUCGCUGUGGAUAUUGAAGUUCCCACUGCAGAAAACAAUGAGGUUGUGAAGGCACUUGCGUCGCAGAUUGUGGCGUACUCUCUUCGAAACCUGGAGGGUGCUGCUAUCGGGGAAGAUAUACCGGAAGCACUUGCAUUGCCUCCAUCUAAAGAUGUCACAGUGCCUGAAAUUCUACAGCACAUUGUGGGUCACUCUAUUAGUGCGGAGGAGCCGUUUGAUGAAGAGGAUGAUGUCGCUCCUGAUGAGGACUAUGUCAUUGGCGGUACGGGUGUAGUGAAGGCAUUGGGUGUUUGUCUUGGGAACCUCGAUCACCAUGGAUCUGAUAUGCCAGGAGAUUCAGUGCCAACCAGUGGAACUACCACACCCCGUCGCCCGAGAUCUAGAGGCGUUGUUGCCAAGAGGCCACGCGAUAUGUCAAAGAAUCUGCUGGAGUCUGCGCGCAAUAUUCGUACUCGGAUCCAGUCAGCUCUGAUUCGCGAGGACCGAGCUGGUAACGAUGCUAACUACAGACGUCUCCAAUUCCUGGAUCUCACUCUGCACAGAAUGAUCCAGCGCUUCGAGGAUGAAUAUCCUGAAACUCGCUUGGCUCCUCAACCCGCACCUUCAUCUGCCCCAGUAGAUAUCGGCUCCCAACACUCUGGAGAGGAUUUGAAUGGCUCAGCUGUCCUCAACGGCAAUUUGAGCGGAAGUGUCAUGGACAACGAAAACGCCAUCGACGACGAAGAAACCGACCAAUACGCCAUUCAUCUCUCCCGAACCAGCUCAAUGACCUCUCUCCACGCUCGCGCCAUGACCUCAGAAGAAGGCCACGUCCAUCGUCUAGGACAGAACCUCCGCCGCGACUUCCUCAACCCACCCGAGCGCGAAGAAGGCGACGACGAAGACGACGACUCACACCUCGUCGCUUUACGCGAGAAACUGGAGCGUCUCCACGAGCAACAGGCUCAAUCCUCAUUUAACAGCAACGAUGCCUUUGCCAAGCUCGGUAAUACCGUUGAUGAACUAUGGGCUGCUCAACGACAAGACGCAGAGAGCUUUGAAAAGUUCAAACAAUCCCAGAUCGCUGCACAGAUCAACAGUGGAUUACGUCCGUCUCCGAACCUGAAUCGGAAAAGUGACUCCACCGAUUCUGAAAGCAAGUCAUCUCCAUCGUGA